CUAAGUACCCGUCCCGUCGGUGAGUCGGUGAGGAAGCAUCUGAGCGCGGAGCUGGGUUGCAGAGGACUGACCGAGGAAACUAGUCUAGGCCACGCGUGACAAGAGCGUGUCCAGCGGGGCCAGCAGAAACCGCGCAGGGGUUUCAGGUGGAACUGAGGGACUUUGAAUAUGUCGGGGAUUGCCCUCAGCCGACUUGCGCAGGAAAGGAAAGCUUGGAGGAAGGACCACCCUUUUGGCUUUGUCGCUGUCCCAACAAAGAACCCUGAUGGCACGAUGAACCUGAUGAACUGGGAGUGCGCGAUUCCUGGGAAGAAGGGGACUCCCUGGGAAGGAGGCUUGUUCAAGCUACGGAUGCUUUUCAAAGAUGACUAUCCGUCCUCACCACCAAAAUGUAAAUUUGAGCCACCACUGUUCCAUCCAAACGUGUAUCCUUCCGGCACAGUGUGCCUGUCCAUCCUGGAGGAAGACAAGGACUGGAGGCCAGCUAUCACGAUUAAACAGAUCUUAUUAGGAAUACAAGAACUUCUAAAUGAACCAAAUAUUCAAGACCCAGCUCAAGCAGAGGCCUAUACAAUUUACUGCCAAAACAGAGUGGAAUAUGAGAAAAGGGUUCGAGCACAAGCGAAGAAGUUUGCCCCCUCAUAAGCAGCGGCCCUGGGCUCCAUGACGAGGAAGGGAUUGGCUUGGCAAGAACUUGUUUACAACCUUUUGCAGAUCUAAGUCGCUCCGUACAGUUACUAGUCGCCUGGGAGGGUUGAGCGGGCGCCAUUUUCCAUUUCCGCCACUGGCAUAUUCAGUCUUUUGUAUUUUUGAUUAUUAAGUAAAACUUGCUUUUAUUUUAAUAUUGAUGUCAGUAUUUCAACUGCUGUAAAGUGAUAAACUUUUGUACUUGGUAAGCCCCUAGGAGCUAGUUUCUUCGCGUCGCGCUCGGAUGCAGGCAUGCUUCCCACUGUUCAGAGCUCUGGCCUCCAGCUGGCUGUAUGACAGAACCACACUGUCCCUCCUUCCCUACCCUCGUCCUUCUCAGAAACCUGGGCUGUUGCUUAUGAGCCUCAGAUCCAAAGUUGGCCAGCAUCUCCAUCCUGCACCACUUCCUUUGUGUUUAUAUGGCGUUUUGUCUGUGUUGCUGUUUAGAGUAAAUAAACUGUUUAUAUAAA